GUGAGUAUGAGACGCCGUGCCGCGCCAGCCCGCUUCAGUGUAGUGCUCGUUACCCAAACAUCCACUUCGGCUCCGGUACCGCAAGGGGGACAAAAAAUAUCGCAAAUUGCGGAAACCGAAAAGUUCAAUUUCGAAAAUGCGCCCGGGUUUCAUCCCCUCGUGAAGUUUUUUUCUUUUUUUCUGUCUCUGCGAGAAACCGUCACCUGUUAAGGCCGCAUUUACGAUGGGAACCCGCUUACGAUGUUACGACUCGGUGGGAGAGUGAACCCGGGGGUGUCCCCCCCUUGGAAAAGCGUCGCCUGGGAUGACUCACCCACCCCUAGCACAGGUGAUCGGUAGACUUUCGCGCCGCUCGGUCCGCUCGCCCCAUUUCUGCUUCUACUUCGUGCAGCUUUUCGUCUUCCUGGUUUUCUACCAGAACCCCGAGCGGGAUUGAGCUCCAAGAUGUGCGCGGAAACUUGCGGCAUGCCCGUGGUCCGGAACCAAAUUCGGGGUCCGAGUGUUGGUGUCCAGUGCGGUGCUCCCCCGUUUGACUUUGAAACAUGUUCCUCCCCCCCUGGCGACGGUAGUCAAAUUUUAGUCGAUAGUGCGUUGUCAAUUCUCGUAGUUCCGUUUAAAGUAUUGUUUUGUUUGAGUAGGUGCUCUUCCAAGUAUUUGCUCCUGAAUUGCUUUACUGUCGUGUUUGUGUUGCACAGUAUCCUCUGGACCAGUCCGCCGAUGUUGGUUGAAGCCGGAUUGUGUUGGGAAGCCUCAGCAAAUGGUAAAACGUGCUUAGGAGUAGAUAUAAUAUACACGAACGUAUCAAAGGAGACGUGCUGUAGUGCGAGACCGGGGACUAUGUCAUACUGGAGUUCCAAAAGUUACUCCAAUUCAACUUUGUUCCUGCACAUUCACAUGGAUUCCAAUCAUCCUUGCACUCCAUGCAAAGACUCUUGCUCGGACGUGAACUGCGGGGAGGGCCGUAAGUGCGUGCGACGGUACAACGGCUCGGUGAAGUGCGUAUGCGCGCCCGAGUGCCGGAAGAUCAACGCCCAGAUCAAAGGCCCUGUCUGCGGCUCCGACGGCCGCUCCUACAGGACCGUCUGCCGCCUCGAGAAGAGGGCCUGUCGCACACGCAACAGAACUCUCCAGGUCGUCUAUCCCGGCUUCUGUCAAAGUUCAUGUGAUAAGGUCCCGUGUCCAGACAACACGUUCUGCCUGUUGGAUCAAAAUCUGACGCCGCACUGCGUCAACUGCACCAAGUCCUGUCCACCGGCCAACGAGCCCAUCUGCGGGGUCGAUGGCGUCACCUACGAGAGCGAGUGCCAUCUCCAGGAGGCCUCUUGUCGCAAGGGCAAAGCCAUCUCCAAAGCAUAUCAAGGAAAGUGCAAAAAGACGGCCAAGUGUCGGAACAUCCAGUGCCCGGAGCAGUACAAGUGUCUGGUGGACAUGUACACGGGGAGCCCGCGGUGCGUGCGCUGCUCGCUCUGGAAGAUGAAGUUGAGGGAGAGCCUCAACGGGGGUGGAAGCGGCGGGGGCGGGGGCGGGGGCGGCGGUGGGAGCGCGGUGAUCAGCAACAGCCUCGUGCCGAGCGUCAACCGGGGUGGCUUCUUCUGCGGCACCAACAACAUCACCUACUCCUCCCAGCUCCAGAUGGUCAAGGACGCCUGCGCCACCGGUUACGUCAUCGAAAUCAAGCACCUCGGACGUUGUCGGUAUGAAGGUCCGGGUUUUCGUCUCCUAUCAAAUUCCGUGCUAGAUGAAGACGGGUCCCUGAGUGGAUUCUUUUGAGCGUUGGGAACUCUAAUCUAUUGCAUUUCGGACCAAAGUAUUAAUUUUACCCCCCGUACUGCUGGGCGAACGCCUGAAAAGUUAGGUGAUGUACUUAGGAAGAGAAUCUAUUCCAUAAACAUGCAGUAUUAAUUUUAUUUAUUUGAAUAAUUAAUUUAUUUAUUAAUAUAGGACUUUGUUUGUUUUUGUUCGUAAGUCAGUAGGUAUUUAGUUUAUUUGUACGAAAGUCAUGGUUCCUAAGAAAGCUAAUUAUAGUUAGGUAAUUGUCAAGUAUUUUUAGUAGUGCGAUGUCAUAAGUGCUGAAGAUUAGUAUAUUCCUCUCUUCUCUUUCUUGAUGUAAGGUCUGAAUUAGAGUCACUUUGACUCAAAAUUAAAAAUGAAUCGAAUUUUUUAAGAAAGAACUGAUUUACAACAUACUGAUGUAUUAGAAGUUAUACAAGAAAAAUAAAAUAAAACACGAAAAAUGUGGCUCAAACUGUAAGUUUUUAAAGGAAGGAUUUCUCCGGUAUCUCAAAAUAUCUCUCGAAAUUUGUCUUCCUCAAUCCUAAUUCGGAUUUUUCCACUCGUUUACUCAGAAUUUUUUUCUUUAGGCGCCGAUGAUUCUUUUUUUAACACAUUUUUUAGGAAGUGAAAUUAUGGCAUCAGAGGAAUCAAACCCAUUUUUUUGCUCGCCUCCCUCAUGAAACAAAAUUUAAGGUCGGUUUGUUAAAGGUAUUUUUAGACACUGUCCAUUUGUGAUUUUCAUUAUUUUUUUUCUGACAAGUGAGACCCGAUGUAGGAAAUCAAAGGUCUCGAUUCUCUGACAAGUUCUGUGUAGGUUCCCUGUGGGAUGAGCAUCAAACGUCGAACACC